UUCUCACUGAAACAAAGACCUUUGGCAACAGAAAGGGGAUGAUCAGCUGGAUUCUCUGCAGAUGCUGCUGCUUGGCCACCAACAAAGCCCUAGCCGUUGGGCUUGUUCUGCUGGCUGUUGAGAACUGCACUGCCUUGAAGCAGGGAGUUCCCCGUCUCCGCCUCUCCUAUAAAGAUCUGCUCAGAUUAAACAGUUCCCGCCAACUAUUAAACUCUGAGGAUGACCUUGCAUUCCAGUCACUUCUUGUGGAUGAGAACAGGGCAUGGCUGAUGGCAGGCGCUAAGGACCAUAUAUUCUUGUUGCACCUUGACAGUCCCAACAAAGAGCCUCAGAAGAUCCUCUGGCCAGCCUCUGUAGAGCAAAUGGAGCACUGUCGAUUGGCUGGGAAGAACCCUGAGACGGAAUGUGCGAAUUUCAUCCGCCUCCUGCAGCGUUUCAAUAGCAGCCACAUCUUUGCCUGUGGAACAGGCUCCUACCAGCCCAUGUGUGCCUUCAUACAGCUCAGAGAGGGAGUAGAGAAACCAGGGUUUCCAGCUAUGCAGCUGGUGACUCACUCCAUUGAAUCUGGGAGAGGCAAGUGCCCCUACAGCCCCCAUGAGCCUUUCACGGGACUUCUAAUUGAUGGGGAGUUUUAUUCAGGUGCAUCUAUUGACUUCAUGGGAAGCAGUGCUGCGUUCUUCCGCACAUGGCUUGAUAGGUCUGACCAGAACUAUAUCCGGACAGAACAGAACCAAGAUAACUGGUUAAAUGAACCUGUGUUUAUUGGUGCUUUUGCCGUUCCUGACACCUACAACCAUGAUGAUGACAAAGUGUACUUCUUUUUUCGGGAAACUGCUGUAGAAGCUGGACAGUGGGAGAGAAGACGCAUCCAUGCCCGGGUCGCUCGUGUCUGCAAGAAUGAUGUUGGUGGAAAGUACAGCCUCAUCAACCGUUGGAGCACAUUCCUAAAAGCCCGGCUGGUUUGUUCAAUCCCAGGUCUGCAGGGCACUGAAACUCACUUUGAUCAACUGGGUAAGUUUGCAUUAUUUCAGAUUCUUUCGGUUCAAGACCCGGGUGCCUGUCCCCGUCCCUUUCUUUCUAGUGGCAUUUUUAGUGGCUCUGCUGUGUGUGUUUAUUCCCUGGCGGCCAUUCGGGCUGCUUUCAAUGGGCCCUUUGCUCAUAAGGAAGGCUUGGACUACCAGUGGGUAGAAUAUAAGGAAAGGAUCCCCUAUCCUCGUCCUGGAACAUGUCCCAGUGCAACGUACGACCCACUCCUCCAGUCAACAAAGGACUUCCCCGAUGAAGUGAUCGGCUUCAUGCGGACCCAUCACCUGAUGUGGGAUCCAAUUCAUCCACUCCACUGGAGACCUGUCCUGAUGAGAGUCAAUGUGCCCUUCCAGAUCAAGCAACUCUUAGUGGACAGGGUGGAGACAGCAUCUGGACAUGUUGAUGUCCUCUUCCUUGGAACAGAUGAAGGCAAAGUGCUGAAGGUGGGCAUUGCCAGCAUAAGAGGCCAAGACCCGCAGGAGAUUAGCUUGGAAGAGAUCAGUAUUUCAAAGAUGCCUUUGGCCAUUCUAGACAUGCAAUUCUCUCUAAAGAGGCAGGAGGUGUUUGUGAGCAGCACAAAGGGCUUAGUCCAGCUCUCCCUGUACCGCUGUGAACUCUAUGGCAAAACCUGCACAGACUGCUGUCUUGGUAGAGAUCCCUACUGCACCUGGAAUGGCAAGUCUUGCCGGCCCCUCCUGCAUACUAAAAAAAGGCAAGCACAAUGCCAAGAUGUGCUAAAAUCCAACCCAACCAGACAGUGCCAAGAUCCUGCAAAGGGGAUUUCCGUAGCUGAAGAAAAGGUGAUAUUUGGGGUGCAGAACAACUCAACGUUUCUCGAGUGCCUUCCAUCUUCCCCCCAGACAACAAUGCGCUGGCUUGUACAGCACAGCAAUACAGGAAUCCUGGAAGAGGUUGGGAACGCUGGCCGCUUUUCAGUCCUGGAGCAAGGACUGCUGAUCAGUCAGCUGACACAAGAAGAUGCUGGGGUCUACCACUGUCAAGGAAUGGAGCAGUCCUUCUCCCAGACUCUCACCCGCUAUGGCCUUCGUGUGAUUGGGCACCAGGCUAUGGAAGUUUUAACCUCCAGGACUAGGAAAAAUACUGAAGCAGCAGCAAGCCACCACGGUGUCAUCCCCUUGGCAGAGACGCAGCUUCCUUACAAGGGCUACUCGAGGGCUCUGGGUGCAUCCAGCUCCAAUUUGGAUGAGUUCUGCAACGCUCUCCAGCAGAGGAGGAGGCGGAGGCAGAAAGACUGGAAUCGGAAGUGGCAACAGCACCACUUGGAAAGCAAGAGGGGCAGAGUGCGGAGGCAGCCUGGGCCUCCAUAG